GAAAGAUCUUUUGGCAUCUGUCAACGAGAUGAAAUCUGAAUGGCUGAGGGUUCUGAUUCUGGUUCCUCCACUAUUUUGCCAGUUUUCCUUUGCUAAAAUAGCCCCCAUUCUUUUCAAGUCUAACCUGAAAGCCAGAGAAGCCUGAACCUAAACAGAUGAUGAAAAAAAGGUGGGAAAAAGUAGAUGAUGAAUAUUCCACAGUUGUAUGCAAAUACUAUAUUUAAAGAAUUCUCUCCUGGAAAAGAAAAACAUUUGUUUGGGCAAAAAGCCAAAAUGAAAUUUAUAGUACUUGCUGUCACUGUUGGGCUAACUUUGCUGCUAGGAGUCCAUGCCAUGCCUGCCAAUCGCCUCUCUUGCUACAGAAAGACACUAAAAGAUCGCAACUGUCACAACCUUCCGGAGGGAGUAACUGACCUGACAAAGAUCGAUGUAAAUGUCCAGGAUCACUUCUGGGAUGGGAAGGGAUGUGAAAUGAUCUGUUACUGCAACUUCAGCGAAUUGCUCUGCUGCCCAAAAGAUAUCUUCUUUGGACCAAAGAUCUCUUUUGUGAUUCCUUGCAACAAUCAUUGAGAAUCUUCAUAUAUUCCAGAGAACAUCAUCUCUCAUUUCCCACAAAUUGCAAUAUGUCGACAUAACUAUAUUUCAAGUUUCUGUCCAGUGCAAUAAAGCAGAUUCCAUAAAUUCCUACUUGUCUAAGACAGUAAACUUGUGUUAAGUAUAAGUAGUAAUAAAAAUUAAUUCAAUUUAAAUUCUCUGUGGACAUUGUUGGCACUGGUUAAAAAUUUUGGGUAAAAAAUUUUCAUCUCUAUGAGUUGUUCAGUAGGCGCAGGAUUUUUUAAUAGU